ACAACACAGGAGGAAGUUUACAAAAUUGCAGAGUUAUCGAAAUCUUCUGUUGUUGAUAAAAAUAUGGAGUCCACAUCUGUACUUGGUAAAGGAAUACCAAAGGAGGAAAUUGACAAGAUUGCAGAGUUAUCGAAAUCAUCUCUUGUUAAUAAAACUUCGGAGUCCACAUCUGUACUUAAUAAAGCCAUACCAAAGCAGAAAAGUUACAAGAUUGCAGAGUUAUCGAAAUCAUCUCUUGUUGAUAAAACUACGGAAUCCACAUCUGUACUUCAUAAAGGAAGAGGAAAGAAAGUUGUGUUCAAAUUGGAUAUCUUGGAUGAAAAAAUCAAGAAAAAGGCAAUGAAACAGGUCUCAACACUCCCAGGGGUGGAUUCAAUAGCAAUGGACAUGAAAGACAAGAAACUGACUAUAAUAGGAGAUGUAGAUCCAGUUGCAGUAGUGUUAAAACUGAGAAAAAUAUGUCGUAUAAAGAUUUUGUCAGUUGGGCCUGCAAAAGAGCCAGGAAAACAGAAAGAGGAAGAUGGACGUGACAAGAAAAAAGAAGAUGAGUUAGAAAAGAGACAAGAAGAGGCUAUAAAGUUAAGAUAUUCGUUAUAUCAAGGAAGUCAACCUUAUGAUUCGUUAUAUUAUCCCAAACCUAAUGAAGAUGAAAAUCCUAAUACUUGUGUUAUUUGCUAAUCAAGUAAGUCCUUAACCUAUAGACGUCUCGGGGGAGUGUCCAGGAGGGGAUUCCUCCUCGACGCUAUAGGCACAAGUCAUCCCAAGCUUGCGUCCAAAUCGGGUGGAUGAUUGAUAACUUUUCAAAGUACCUGCAUGCCCACAGGAUGCUUGAAGGAUUAAUUAUAACUUUUCAAUAUAUAACUUUUCAAUAUACGCCCAAUGGUGUUAACUUGAUGUACAACCCCAGAGUAUUUGGCAAACCUGAUCAAGUUGGUAUGUGGUCAAGCUAUUGGCCAAUUUGGAAAGCGUUACAAAUUGAAGACAGUUACUGUGUCUAUCAUUGUGAGCAAGGGUCUUGUGGAUGUACAUUGGUGUGGUGCAAAUCUUGUGUACAUUGAUGAAGCAGCAAAUAAAGUCUUGCAAGAGAGCAAAGGAUAUAUAGCAAAUUUUUGGAGAAAAUUUUUCUCAAACUCAACUUAGCACAGGGGCUUACUAUCUUUGUCCCCGUGAUUUCAUUGAAUGAAUGGAGGCUUGAAAACUCACUUCUGAUUGGUUCAGGAUUUUAGUUGAUGAUAUAAUCGACUGUACAGGUA